AUGGACAAGCUUAAUAAAAUAACUGUCCCUGCCAGUCAAAAGUUGAGGCAGCUUCAAAAGAUGGUCCAUGAUAUUAAGAACAAUGAUGGUGGAAUAAUGAACAAAAUCAAAAAGCUGAAAGUCAAAGCACCUCCAAGUGUUCCUCGCAGGGACUAUGCCUCUGAGAGCCCUGCUGACGAAGAGGAGCAGUGGUCAGAUGACUUUGACAGCGACUAUGAAAACCCCGACGAGCACUCCGACUCCGAGAUGUACGUGCUGCCCGCUGAGGAGCCUGGGGAUGACAGUUAUGAGCCACCGCCCGUUGAGCAGGAGACGAGGACAGUUCACCCAGCCCUGCCCUUCACCAGGGGCGAGUACGUAGACAACCGAUCAAGCCAGAGGCAAUCUCCGCCCUUCAGCAAGACCCUUCCCAGUAAACCCAGCUGGCCUUCGGCUAAGGCGAGGCUGGCCUCCACCAUGCCCAUCUCGACAUCUCUGCAGAAACCCCAAGUCCCACCCAAACCCAAGGAUCUUGAGGACGAGGCUGAUUAUGUGGUCCCUGUAGAAGAUGAAGAUGAGAACUAUAUUCAUCCCACAGAAAGCAGUUCACCCCCAUCUGAAAAAGCUCCCAUGGUGAAUAGAUCAACCAAGCCAAAUAACUCCUUGAAGCCAGCUCCUCCUCCAGUGACAGCUUCAGGUCGAAGCAGCGGGGCCUGGGACACUAAGGCGUCUUCGUUACCGGCUGUGCCGUCCCCACUGCCCAGGGCUGGGAAAAAGCCUGCUGCACCACUGAAGACGGCUCCACUUGCCUCUCAACAGAAUGCCUCAAGUGUGUGUGAAGAAAAACCUAUACCUGCUGAACGCCACCGAGGGUCUAGUCACAGGCAAGAAGCUAUGCAGUCACCGGUGCUUCCUCCUGCCCAGAAACAAGUCCACCAGAAACCCAUCCCUCUGCCAAGGUUUCCAGAAGCGGGUAGCCCAACUGUGGAUGGCCCGUUACCCAGCUUUUCAUCGAAUUCCAGUGUGUCGGAACAGGAAGCUGACAUGCACUGUAAACCAUGGUACGCUGGUGCCUGUGAUCGAAAGUCUGCUGAAGAGGCAUUAUACAGAUCAAACAAGGAUGGAUCAUUUCUCAUUCGGAAGAGCUCUGGUCAUGAUUCCAAACAGCCAUAUACAUUAGUUGUAUUUUUUAAUAAGCGAGUAUACAAUAUCCCUGUGCGAUUUAUUGAAGCAACAAAACAGUAUGCUUUGGGCAGAAAAAAAAAUGGUGAAGAGUACUUUGGAAGUGUUGCUGAAAUUAUCAAGAAUCACCAACAUAGUCCCCUGGUUCUUAUCGACAGUCAAAAUAACACAAAGGAUUCCACAAGACUGAAAUAUGCCAUUAAAGUUUCAUAA